AUGAGUACGCCACUGAUUCCGAACAAGUCAUGCUACAAUCUAAUACAGGACAAUAGAAACGUGAUGAAAAAUAACAAUGAAAACACAAUGACUGUAGGAGACACAAACGCCAAUCAAAUCACAUCACAAGUCAGAACCUCUGAAAGGGAGGUGGGGACCAGUGAUUUGGCAGGAAAAACUCAGUGCUUGAACAUCAGUGAGCCAGAAAAUAAUACACAACUUGAUUCAGAGCGGAACAGACUUCAGGGUACUACUGGAGUAUCAGAGUUUCGGCUGCCCUCUAGCAUCAACAGGGAACUACAUAAGGAUUAUAGAGCUGAUGGGGCUAAGGACACUUCAAAGAUUGUCCCUAUUAGCCGGGGACACAGUUUGUCCAAUUUGAGGAUUAACACAAAUGAUACCUUUUCAGUUGUUCUUUCAAAAAGCGAUGCUGAUCUCAUUCAGCACAUUUCAAAGGACAGAAUGCCCAGAAGGACUGAGCCCGAAGGAAUAAAACGUCUUUCCUUGGGGAGGUCAAGGAAACUUACGGCUAAAACAGAAGCUUUUGGAAAAGAAUUUGUUGGCCGUGUAUCAGGUAAGCGAUUGCUUUCUGCAUCCCUGGAUUCCAUCGACACUUCACACCAUUUGAUUGGAGAUACGGAGAAAUCUCAAAAACCAUCAGCGGACCAUUUUUUAGGAAUGGUGUUUCAUCCAACUGAUAGCGCUUCAGAUGGGGACAUUUUGCGUUAUUCUAAAUCUACCUCAGAAACAAAAAAAAUAAAUAUCUCUACGACACAAAUGAGCGUGGACAGUGCACUGAAUUUCAAUAAACAAAGCACAUCACAUCCUUCCCAUAUAGAUCAACAUUUAACUGUUAGGUCCAGUGAUAUUUGGAGCAAAUCAGAAGCACAAUUAGAUCAUGAGGGUGAAAAGAGAGGGAAACCAGAGUUGAAGAGUCCUCUGUCUUCACAGCCUAGGAGUUUGUGUCAGCAAAAAAUUGACAGGGUUAUGAUGAUUGAGUUUCUUAGAUGUCAAAGAGCAGAAAAUAAUGUGCAGAAUAAAAAGGAUUGUGAGUCUGAAGUACACAAAGCAAAAUCACUUCACUUGCAAGAUGAUCCAUCUGUAAGUGAGGUGGUAGACUCCACAAGUGACAGACUAUUAAGUGGUAAGAACUAUUCUAGUUUAGGAAGUAGCCAUAGUGAGAAUGGGGCAAUGAAUCGAGUUAGGGAGAAAUAUGUAGCUGAAAAAGAGGCGGAAGCUGCAUUGUGUCUUGCUGAUGAUAAGAAACCCAGUAGCAAACUGACACCAACAAGAAAUCAAAACAUACAUGAUGCUGAUUCAAGUUGUUUUCAAGCAUUUGAUGGGCAUAUGUCCUUUAUACAUAGCAUUAAUCCACCUGAUGGCAGACAUGUAAAUGAUAAUGAGAGUAAGCCAAUGCUACUCAAAGGGAAUGGUGAAAGCAUUGCUACACUCACCACUAACCUCAUGGAACAACCAGAAGUGUUUGAUGCAGAAAGUGCAUUAUUAGAUGAACAUUCCAACAUCCGGGAUGAUUUAGAAACUGCAGCCUUUUCAAUUCAGAGCAAAAAGACACUUACUGCAAAGAAACAUCUUUCAAACGACACCCUGGAGAGCUGUAAAGAAUCAGCAACAACAGAUACCUAUGUAUGUGCCCCAACUCCUUUGCGCCCUGUAGUAACCAUGAACGUUAAUAAUCAUCCCACAAUAUCAAAUGGCAAUUUGAAAGAUCUGUAUGCACUUCAUGUUGACAAGCUGUCACCCUCCAAUGUCCUACCUCCCUUUGAUGGCACACAAUUGCUAAGCCUGUCCCCCAAAGUGCCUAACAAGACUGCCUGCAAUAGUGGCAUCCCUAAGCCGAUACUUGUACAUUCCAAGGGCCCCCAUCCAGCUAAGGGUGAUGGAGAGACAAAUUGUAUUGAAAAGCUGGAAGAAAAUAUCGAGACAAAGCCAGAUAUCCCCAAGCCCAAACAUGUAAGACCUAAAAUAAUCACUUAUAUCAGAAGAAACCCCCAAGUUAUCGGCCAGCUUGACCACCCAUUUGCCCCACCUGGAUUGCCCUAUGUUCCUCCCCCUUGUGGUGUGCCAGUCACAAAGGAACAGAAUAAUGUGAAUGAUGGCGAUAUUAAGCCAGCUAACAUUCCCUAUGACAAUUUUAAGCCUGACUUGCAGAAACCUCGGAUUUACAGUUCUGGACUCGUGGUGUCUGGCAUUAAAUCCUCUGGCCAUCAUUUCAGUCAAAUGGGUGAAAAGUUUCUACAGGAGGUUGGGGAAAGGCCUGUGAAAGAAGAAUUUUGUCCUCCACCAUAUACUCACUAUGAGGUGCCUCCAAGUUUUUAUCGUUCUGCCAUGAUACUUAAACCCCAGCUGGGGCUGGGGGCAGUUUCCAGGCUACCAUCGGCAAAAAGUAGGAUUUUGAUUGCCAGUCAAAGAUCUUCAGCGAGCUGCAUCCAUCAACAAGGUCCAAUAACAAGUUCUCCCACACUCUUCCAUCCUGAUGCUACAGCUGAUCUGAAGAAAAGCCCAAAUCCAAACACCAUAAAGUCAAACCUACCCAAACCGUGUCCAUCUGGACUUCGCCCACCUGGUUAUUCGCGGUUGCCUGCUGCUAAACUAGCAGCAUUCGGUUUUGUCAGAAGCUCGAGUGUCUCCUCAAUCUCAAGCAACCAAUCAAAUGACAGUGUCCAAAGUGACCAAAGCAGAACAGCCAACCGUUCAACCUUUGGAAGCGAAGAGCCAACCGUUCCUAAGGCAGCUGAGUCUUCUAAAGAAGCACCCAAGGGAGCCGGUAAAAGUGUGCCGCAGGCAUCAAGCAGCACACCAGCUGCCCGCCGGAGUUUACUUCCAGCUCCAAAGACAACCUCAGCACCUGCUGGCUCAAAGAAGGAAGUACAGAAAGAUCAUGAGACCAACAGACCUGCCAUUUCAUCUCCUAAGAGACUGGUGGUAUCUGCUACCAAGCUCCACUCACCAGGACACCCUAAACAAAGGUCAUCUGUUACAAGGAAUGGAUUUUCUACAAAGCCUGAUCUGCAGAAUCGAGAGGCCGAGCGGCAGUUCAUCCAGCAAAUGAAGGAGAAGUGUGAUGAACAGGCCAGGCGGCUCAGCCGUAUCCAGGAGGAACUCAGAAGAACUGGCUGUGGCUUUGAUGUCUUUGUUAUAACUACUCAGCAUUUCUUUAGGAAGAAUGAAAAUGCCCUUGUGAAAGAAAAGGAGCUCUCGGCUGAGCUCGCAAACAUCAAAGAUGAAGUUGCUCUCAGUGCAGCAAAAUACGAGAAAUUACAAAAAGAGAAGGAGGAGCUGGAAAGAAGAUUUGAGGGUGAGCUAAAGAAACUCGGCUGGCAACAGCGUGAAGAGCUCCAAGUACUGGAAGAGCGGCUGCAAUUACAGUAUAGUGCCGAAAUAGAACAUCUCCAGGAGGAACACCGAACACAGAUUGUCAGGAUCAAGACUCAACACCAGGAGCAGGUGGAAGACAUAACAGCAAUUCAGGAAGCUGCCGUGUUAGAGAUGGAAAAUAGACAUGUGGUCAAUAUUGCAGGGCUUAAUGAUGAAUAUGAGCACCGCAUUCAAGAACUGAAAUCAGCCCAUGAAGUGGAAAAGAGAGAACUAGAAGAAAAUUUUGAGAAGCUGCGCCUGUCACUCCAGGACCAGGUAGAUACCCUCACCUUUCAGAGCCAGUCUCUAAAGGACAAAGCAAAACGAUUUGAAGAGGCGUUGAAGAAAAACACUGAAGAACAACUAGAGGUUGCGCUUGCUCCUUACCAACACUUAGAGGAAGACAUGAGCAGUCUCAAACAGGUUCUGGAGAUGAAGAAUCAACUCAUUCAUCAACAAGAAAGAAGGAUCUUAGAGCUAGAAAGGCUGGCAGAAAAGAACUUAAUACUGGAAGAAAAAAUCCAGGUGCUUCAACAACAAAACGAGGACCUGAGAGUCAGGAUUGAUAAGAACACGGUGGUGACAAGACAGUUAUCUGAAGAGAACGCUAAUCUCCAGGAAUACGUCGAGAAAGAAACAGAGGAAAAAAAGAGGCUCAGCCGAACUAAUGAAGAAUUGCUCUGGAAGCUGCAAACAACAGAACCUCAGAGCCCCGUGAAACUGUCUCCUACGUCUCCGACCCGGAUUUACCGCUCUUCAUCCGGACCGCCCACUCCUGCAAAAGUCAGCACAGUUCUGAGAUGACAGGCUCACACAGCUCCUUAAGAUGGAUUGUCCCUGACAAUAUCCCAAUCUACUGAAUGUUAUCAUCCAAGAACAUAUUAAUCGUAGUUAUAGUAGAUCUCCGGGGUCCGUUGUUAUACCAGCAUGCUCUCUAGCUGUGCAGUUGUAUACUUCUAGGCAGUAUACUCUUGUGAUUCUGGUGUCAGAAGACCCUAGGCCCUCCUCCUGGGUGUCACAAAACAGCAUAUCCCGUAUAGUUUGAAUUGUGGAUGCCUCUGCCAGGAUUAGGGCCAAAGGCAAGGAAAAGCUCUCUUACUACUUACUGUUCAGACUGAAUGGACUUUUUUCGCUGCAGUAUUUCAGGUUAAUUGCAAAUUCAAGUAUAAAAAGCUGUGUGCGCGCGUGUGUGCACGUGCGUGAUCCUGGUACUGGCCUCCAUGCGUGGAACAUGAAACACAUGGAACACACACACACUUCUGAACAUGUAGCUGAACCUGUUCUCAAUUGCGUUUUUUAUAUGAAUGGAUUCUACAGAAGUGCUGAUCUAUUUUCAUGAAUGUCAGCAGUUUUCUAACUUGUGCCUAAGACUUAUUCUGAAAUGAAAAUGUGUUUUUGGUUUUGGUCAAAGCUUCCCAGGAAUAUUUCUAUCCAAACUAGAAGAGUUACACAGAAUUAGAAGCACCUUCAAAAUGGCCACUGAGUGGUACAUUUUCUAAAGCAAAAUACCAGCGACUUUGAAAUUCUGAAAUAGUUACUGCCUUCAAAAAAACAACCACUUUUCUAAAUAAUGCCAUGGUUACUCAUCAUCCAGGUCAGAUAUAGAACUGUUGUAAGUACAGAACAGGUGAGCAGUUUCAA